AUGAUGGAAGGUCCUAGCAACCACUCAUGCACCCUAUGCGGAAAACUCGUGACUACGAAACACGGAAUGGUGAGACACAUGCGCAUCGUUCAUCAGGGUGCCGAAGAGAGCAAAUGUGAAUCAUGCGGCAGAAAUUUUACAACCAAGUUCGCACUCCAUCGCCACAUACGAAAGGUGCAUGAAGGUAUUUCUGAGCGAGUUUUACCAUGCGCAUGUUGUGGGAAAAAGUUUUCGGCAAAACAUGGUCUGGAGCGUCACAUGCGACUGAUUCACGAGAGCGCAGAAUUAUGCAUAUGUCCCCUGUGUAACCGGACCUUCUCUACCAAAUUUGCAUUUAAUCGCCACACCAAGACUGUUCACGCAACUUCGCUCAUCCUGUGCUCGCCGUGCAGCUUGGUAUUCCCAUCCAAAUUCGCACUGCUGGAACACAAUUUGACUAUACACAAUACUUCAAAAAUAUUCGCUUGCCCAGAGUGCCUGAAAUGUUUUCCAGACGCUGAGACCCGUCGAGUACAUCAUCAGGCGGAGCACAUGGGUAUGUUUCAAUGUAAUACCGAUCUCCAUACUUAG